UAUUCAGCACUCAGCACCGCCACCACUCCUUCUACCGCCGUGGCACCACACUUUCUGGUCUCUCUGCGUUGCUGUGCUUGGUCUCUGCCUAUGCGAGCUACUCAGUCAGACUCGGUCCCUCUCCACUCUCCUCCGAGAUUUGAGAAGAUGAAGCACGAGGCUGAGGCUGAAGCUAUGGUUCUCCCUGUCGAAUUGGUGGAGAAAAUCCUAGUAUGGUUGCCGGUAAAAUCCCUAAUUCGGUUCAGGUGCGUCUCUAAACAAUGGCUUUCUUUGAUUUCCGAUUCACGUUUUGCAAUAUUGCAUUAUGCUGCACCCACCAAUAAGAACACUAGGCUUUUGUACUUGUCGAGUGAGGUUCCCGAGGCUCGUUGUGUAGAUCUGGAAGCUUCGAUUCGCGGCGAUUACGCGCUUCAGCUUCCUCUAAGUUGUCGCCAUUUCAGCCUUAGUAUUCUAGGUUCAUGUAGGGGCUUCAUACUGUUGCGCAUUCAUGUACAUGGCGCUGCACUCCUUCUGUGGAACCCUGUAACGGGUUCUCACAGAUCAGUGCCGUACCCUGUUGCUGACCCUGAUGUUCCUUGUUGGAUGGGUUUUGGCUCGUCAAACAAUUUAUGGGGUGGUCUUGGCUAUGAUGAAUCUUGUGAUGAUUAUUUAGUAGUAGUAGGAUGGGGUGACGGACAUGAAUGGAGACCUCAUUGGGAAUAUUUUUCUAUUAGAACCAAUUCCUGGAAAGAAAUUGAGUGUGGCCAUCUUCCUCCCCAUUUGGUUACCAUUGAUUGUGCCGUGUUUUGUAACGGGAUCCUUUAUUGGUUGGCCGUUAAAAAUAUGGAAGUGAAUUUUGUGAUUGUUGCCUUCGACUUAGCCGGAAAGCAUCUAUCAAUGGUGUCAUUUCCAAAGUCAGGCGGUUCCCGUCGGCUGUUAAAGCUGUUUGCUGGAUGCCUUGGCAUAUCUUACUUGAACUUCACGGAAGACCAGAAGAUUGAGAUCUGGGUAAUGAAGGAGUUAUCUUGGACUAAGCUCAAUGUUGUGCUUCCUUAUGCUCAUGGAAUCUACCCAUUGUGUGCUCCUGGAAUCCACCCUUUGUGUUUCACUAAAGGUGAACUUGUUGGCACCAAAGACAAUGAGUUGGUCAAAGUCAGCGAUAAAGGUGUAUCGGUGGAGUCUCUAAGAAUUAGUUGUCGUGAUAAUGACUCGGAGAUGGUUAUGUUUACUGAGAGUUUACUGUCACUUCCGGACGAGUUUGGCGGCACUGGGGAAGAACAAGGAAAGUAGGGUGUUCACACAUGAGAUAUCAAAAGUUGUUUGCAGGCUCUGGUGUGCAUGUUUCAGCAAGUUACUGAAGUUAGGAGUAUCUUUGAUAAGAAAAAAACAUUUGAAUGUGCCACCAUGAAGAACCACGGCAGCAAAAGGAGAAGCGAGGAGGAGAAACGAGAGAGAAAAUCCAGAAGGUUUUGACGGAAGCCAUGAGUGAAAGGAGGGUCCUUUUCUUCUCCCUAGGGUUGGUAUUGGUGAUGGUGGUGUUGUGAUAAAUGUGGAAUUUUCAACACUCCGAAAGAAGCAUAGAGAUUUGUAAUGUUUGUGUUCGUGAGAUUCAUGUUUUUCCCAAAUCACAAGACGACAUCAGAACAGUGUCGUUUCAGUUGCGUCUGGUUUGUCACUCUCUUAUUGGUCCAUUUUCGUGGCAAGUAAUGACUCUAUUAUCCUAUUCAUCGAAGAAGCAAAAAUAGCAAAUAAAGUAUAUAAAAUAAAUAAAUAAAUGUAUAAGAUUCAACACAAUUCAAUUUCAAUCCAGCCUCCAAUUAAAAAAGC